AUGGUUCUGGACAACCUUGGGCCGACCGAUGGGUUCUUCCAAAAGAUUUUACGCCAGGGAUUGCAGGAUGAAACGAUUCAGAAUGUUGUACUCGUAGAGAAGAAGCCAGUGGUAAAAGAGGGCGAGAAUUACUUCAGCUACUUGACAAGACUAGCGCUCAAAUACACCUACAAUACAUCGAAAGAAGAUGAUUGUGAGCUCGCCCACGGUAUGGCUCAUCUUAUCCUCAAGGAAGAGCCAGCCAAUCCUGGAUUCCUCUCCCUUUUUACGAGAGGCCUCAUUAGUGAUAAGACACCAAGGGCUUUUUUGAAGUACCUAGAAAAUGGUUUGGCAUCUAUUGGAGAUGGAAUUCGUUCUUGGAGAGAUGGUGAAUUCGUCGCAAUAUCUAAUAAGUUGAGGAUGAGAUCGCCUGAAAUCGUUGAAAAAGUGAUUGAUGCUUAUGAAUGCGAUGAAAAUGAACUGCAAGUAUUGAAUCAUGGUGACAUGUGGAUCAGUAAUAUCAUGAUCCGAGAAGAUGAGGAUGGGAAACUCCAGGAAACUCGUUUUAUUGACUACCAAAUGAGCGUUUGGUCAUCUCCUGCAAUCGAUCUUCUCUUCUUCUUCAGUAUUGCUCCUGAGUACAACAUAAAGAUGACUUACAACGACAAAUUUUUACAGCAAUAUUUAGCUCGUUUGUCGUACACAAUAAAGAAAUUGGGGUGCUCAGCAAAUGCCCCCACACUCGAACAAUUGAAGGAAUCGAUGUACAAACGUCGAGUUCACGCAAUCAUGGCAGGCGUUAUUUUUCACUCAAAAUCUAUAUCAGAAGAUGAAGACUUUGAACCGUUGGACGAUCUAAUACAGGGAGGAGGAUCUACAUUCGAUCUUCUGAAUAAUCCCAAGUCCCGAGAGACGUUGGAGAAGAUCCUUCCGAUAUUAGAUGAACGGGGUUAUUUGGAUUGA